AUGGACUUCAAAAACUUCAAUUCCGCCGCUCCCACCGCUCCCGCCGCGCGCCAGCAACACGCCCCCCCGCACGGCCGGUUGAACCGGUCCGUCAGUCAGAGAGUUGCCGGUGACGUGACCUUAACGGCGGAAGAGUUGGCAGAAAUGGAGCAGGAAAUGGUUAAGUCUAAGACUAAGGUCAUGGCGUGGUUUACGAAAUCGGAGUCGGAAGGUGCGCCAAUUAACGCUCCCCCGCCCGCCGCCUCCCCUUUCGAGGAAGUUGGCGGACUGGAAAUUCCGCCUAUGGGGAAAAAGGGGCUUCCGCCGAGGCGGGGGGACGCACACGGUCCGCCUCCGCACGGGAAGCCGCCGGCGCCGCAGGAUUUGCGGAAAUGCGCGACGCGGGUGUUUUCGUCGCAGCACGUGCCGGAGUGGGUCGGCAAGGGGGACAGCGGCGCGUUCAAGCGGUCGCAAUCGUGCCGCGAAAUGGGCCAAUCAGGAAGCGUUCUUAGAUCGCGUUCGGUGGAGGGCCCUGGAGUGAUGUACAGACCGUCAGGGGCAGGUGGAGCAGGAGGAGCAGGAGGAGCAGGAGGAACAGGUUCUCCUUACGACGGCGUAGGAAAGAGGCCAGGCAUGCCAGGCGGACCGGGUGGGAAUAAAGACCUAGCGAAGGUUCUAUCGCGGACGGAGCAAGCAGCAGAGAAAGUAAAGAUGCUGCUUAACCGACCGCCGGACCGCCGCCUUACGCGGUCACUAAGCGCGAUGAAAAAGAACGACCGGGUUAACCUGGGCGUUGGGGGGAUGGGGCCGGUCGGGGGCGUGGGGGGGAAUUACAGCCCCGGACACGCGGGCACGUAUGGGUAUGCGGGGGAGGGCAGCAGCGGAGGCGGGGGAGGAGGCGGGCGGGGGAGCAUGGGCGGAAUGGCUGCUGGCCCGCGCGGGGACCUGCACUUGCGCCGGGCGUUUUCGGAAGAUAGGCGCGCGCUGAAUUCCGCGCCUAUGCCCGCUAGGGGCAGCUUUGCGCCGCCUGGCGGAGGUGUGGGCGCGCGGAGGGGGGAGGAUCCGCGACAGCGAAUCCUUCCCCCGCGCGGACUGGGGCUUUCGGGGGACAACAGCCCUAGCCGCUCCCCCGCGCGCCCGCUUGGGGGAGGCGCCACGUCAGCGCCGCGUCAGCAUUACAGAGACGAAGACGGGCGGGGGAGUCAGGGGUAUGAUGACUAUAGUCGGAGCCCCUCCCCCGAUAGGAGGGGGAGGGGAGGGGGGAGAGGAGGCGGAAGGGCUGGAAGUAGCGGGCUGAGAAGGAAUGGGUAUGAUGAGGUUGAGAGGGGUAGAGGAGGGUGUGAUGAUGAUUCGAGGUCAGGGUCUUCUUAUGAGGACUACGAUGGGGGCAGGAGGAGGAGAGAUGAUGAGUAUGAUGGGGACAGGAGGAGGAGGGGUGAUGAUGAUGAUGCAGGCAGGAGGAGGAGAGAUGAUGAGUAUGAUGCUGGUGGGAGGGGGAGGGAUGGUGGUGAUGAUGGGGGCAGGAGGAGGAGAGGUGAUGAGUAUGACGAUAGGAGGAGGGAUGAUGAUUAUGAUGGUAGGAGGAGGAGGGGGGAUGAUGACGAUGGGUACGACCCGAGGGGGGCUGGGCGGGAUAGGGAGAGAGAUGGGGGAAGAGUUGGGGAGAGGGACAGGGAGAGGGAAGGGGAGAAGGAGUGGGACAGGGAGAGGGAAGGGGAGAAGGAGUGGGACAGGGAGGGGGGCAGAUACGAAGAGGCGGAUGGGGAGGAAGAACAGCGGUCGCGAGAUGAUUGGGAGAGAGGGAACGGGGGAAGAGGGGAUGGAGGUAGGGGAAAUGGAGGAAGGGGGGUUGUGAGAAGAGGGGAUGGGGGAAGAGGGGAUGGAGGGAGAGAGGAUGGGGGAAGGGGUUUGGGGGGGAGAGGGGACGGGGUUAGGGGUUCGGGGGGAGGGAGUGGAAGGGAGAGGAGGGAGGAAGGGCGAGGAGGGGAAAGGGAGGAGGGCAGAGGAGAGGGGAGGGCUGGUGGGGGUGGGGAAGGGUACAUUAGUGAGGGUAGUGGAGAGAGGGAAAGUGACUAUGUUGAGAGAGACAAUGUGGAGGGUGAUUAUAACGAGCGGGAAACGGGUCGAGAUAUGCACGGGCGAGAAUAUGAUGAUGGGUAUGGGGAGGAGGAGCAGAAGGUUAUAGUGGAUGGAGUGAGGGAAAUGGGAAGAGGUGGAGAGGAGAUGGGUAUGGAGGGAGUGAGGGAGGAGGAGCAGGAGGACGAAGCAGAAGAGGAGGAUGAGGGGGAGGGCGCAUACGAGGUUGACCCAGUGGGGAGGGGAGGUGGUUACGGACGUGGCGAUGAUUCUGGUUACCACAAUGACGUCACUGCUGAGCUGGCACAAGAUCCUCGUGCGCAUCCUGAUGACGUGGCAGCCGGCCACCAGGGGCAUUAUAACGAAGAGGGCUAUUCCCCUCAACAACCACCCACAGGUUAUCCCCAUCAGAGCUCUCCCGGUGUGUCCUCCCCACAGCAGUCGUCUCACCACUCCUUCCACCAGUCACAGUCAACACCCUCGCCCUCCCAACAGAGACAGCAGCAGCUGGGGAUGGCUCGCAGUGGGAGUCCUGCUGCGGCUGGUUCUCCUGGGUUAGGAGGAGUUGUGAGCGGUGCAGGUGGUAAUUGUGCUGGUUCUGGAGGAGGAGGGGCUAUGCCAGGCCGAUCCUCUUCGUCUGCCACUGAGCGCUCUCUGAUUGGCCAUACCCGAUCCAGCUCCCAGAGCCUACCAAUGACAAGAGGACACGUGUCACCAGGGGGAGGGAGGGGUGGGGAUGCGGCAGGGGCGGCAGCGGUGCUGGCGCCGCCGCCCGGGGCGUCGCCAGCUGGGCGGUCCAGAUGGCGCAAUAUCCUUGGCCGACCGCUGGAGAGCUUUGCCGCCCGAUUUGAGCUGACAGGGGAGGUGCUGGGGAAGGGGUAUUUCGGCGAUGUGGUGGUGUGUGUGGAGCGAGAAAGCGGGGAGCAUUUCGCAUGUAAAGUCAUCAACAAGGCGAAUGUGAAGACCCCAGAGGAUGCAGAGGACGUGCAGAACGAGGUGGCGGCUCUGGAGGCGCUGAGGGGCCACCGGCACAUUGUGCAGCUGAUAGAAACUGUGGAGGAGCCAGAGACGGUCUAUCUGGUGAUGGAGCUGUGCCAAGGAGGGACGCUGCAGCAGGCAGUGAGGGAGCAAGGCCCGUUCAAUGAACCCCAGGCUGCGGCGGUGGUGGCUGCAGCAGCAGAGGCGCUGCUGCAGUGCCACUCCAACGGCAUCAUUCACCGCGACGUCAAGCCCGAUAACGUCCUGCUCGGGGAGCGUUUGGACGUUUCUGGGGGAGGCGUACCUGGGGAUGUGAAGAUCUGCGACUUUGGCAUCUCAACCUUCUUCCAACCAGGAACAACAACGUGCAGUGAGAUAGUGGGAACGGCCUCCUUCCUCUCCCCCGAAAUGUUCGCCCAGACCUACUCCUGCCGCACCGACCUCUGGAGCCUGGGCGUGCUGCUGCACCUGCUGCUCUCGGGAUUCCUCCCCUUCCGCGCGCCCACCAAAGAGGCCGUCUUCGAGGCGAUUCUGGACGGCAGACUGGAUUUCCGGGCGGCGCCGUGGCCGAUUGUGUCGCUAGCUGCCAAAGAUUUGGUGUCUCGGAUGCUGACCGUUGAUCCUGAUGAGCGGAUCACAGCAGAGGAGAUUCUCAGUGAGUGGGGUGGGGUGGGGGGGGGGGAUGUUGUAGUGGGGGUGUGGGGGAAGACAGGAGGAGGGAGGGAUGUUGCUAGCUGCCAAGGGCUUGUGUCUAGGAUGCUGACAGUUGACCCCGAUGAGCGGAUCACAGCAGAGGAGAUUGUCAGUGAGUGGGUGGGAGAUGGGGGGUUGUGGUGGGGAAUUGGGGAAAGACAGAAGGAGGGAGUGGGGGCGGUUGCUGCCAGCCAAGGACUUGGUGUCAUGGAUGCUGACUGUUGA